AUGCCGAGCUCGUCGGGACGCCCGCUGUUCCUCUUCGGGCUCCUUCUGUCACUCCUUCGCCAAGCGGCGGCGCUUCCGUAUACACCCGAUGCCAAGUGUCCGCUCAUGGGCCACCUCCUGGAGCUCGCGCGCGACCGUCCGGGCGUCGCCAUCGAUGUUGGCGCGAACGGCGGCUGCGAGUCGACCGUGGCCCUCAACGCUGGGCGCCGCGUGAUCGCCUUCGAGUGCCUGUCGAGCGCGUACUUCGAGCUGCUGGGCAACAUCGCCGCCAACGCGACGCUCGUGCACCUGUGCGCUGGUAGCAAGCCGCACCUCGCCGAGCUGCACCUCGCGGCCGACUCGUCCAGCCUCCUCUCCCAGAACGUGAGGUUCGGCAACGAGGCGCGCAAGGCGGUGCGCAACCUCAGGCACGGCGGCCGCGCGCGCGAGACGGUCGCGAUCGUGCCGCUCGACUCGAUCAUUCCGUCCACGGAGCGCGUCGCCCUGAUCAAGGUGGACACGCAAGGGUACGAGUACCACGUGCUGAUGGGGCUGAUGCAGACGCUGAGACGCGAGUGCCCCGUGUUGGCGUACGAGGACGUGCCCACGAAGGCCAACGGUCGGAAGGUUGCCGACUCUCACCCGUGGGCAAAGCUGGGCGACCCGGCGAAGGACCUGCUUGCGCCGCUCGGCUACCGCUGCGAGCGCUACGCAGACCUGGACAUCGUCUGCGUGUGCGACCGGGGCGGGAGGUCGGGGUCGCGAGCAGGCUCACCCUCGGAGCUGUAG